AUGGUAUCUGCAAACGACGUUCAGCGUCUCUUUCUCCAAGGUAUAUUUUCACGUAGCAUUCUUUCCUUCAAGCACGCUCAGGUCCUCUGGGAAAAAUGUAUCGAUGCUGUCAAAGUUGCAAACCCGACAUUGGAUAUUCGUUUUUCAGACAAAAGAGAGGACUGGGAUCUCUUCGUGAUCAGUAUCAAUAAUUCUCUCAAUUGCCUGGACCUUGAGUUUCGGCAUCUGACAGAUGAACAGACUGGCAGGGAAAUAUACGCUAUGGUGAACAGCAAGGAUGAUGAAAUUGCACAGAUGGCUACAGAUUACACACCAGUUGAAAUCGCCUACUUCAAGGCAGUCGUGGAGCAAAUCAUGCUCGCCCCGCAUGAGGCGUACUCUGUAUCCUCAUUGCUCGCCCUACGCGAAGUCAACUCUCUCAAGACAAACAUGACGAAAGCGCAAGCUGAAAUCGUGCUCGGUAGUUUUGUCGCCAAGGGGUGGUUGUUAAAGAGCAGGCGAGGUCGCUAUUCCCUCUCAACACGCACGUUGCUGGAACUACUUCCAUACCUCAAAAACUCAUAUUCCGAAGAGUGUCUUGAAUGCGUCAUAUGCUAUGAGAUCGUUACUCGUGGCGUCGCCUGCAGCACGCAGAAUUGCAAGGCACGUUUGCACUACCACUGUUGUAGGAAGUAUCGCAGUCGGAAUGCCAAGUGUCCAGCUUGUUCGCAAGAUUGGCCACAGGACCCCAAGAAUAUGACCCCUGUUGGCGAAGAAGCCAUCAAGGAUGGUCAAGACGAGGGACGCCGUGUACGGAGGAAAAGUACUGAGGAUGGAAGUGAUGAGGAAGACGAAGAGGAGAUGGAAGUGGAGCCUUCGCAACCAUUACAGACGCAGACUCAGUCACAGCGAAAAGAUAUGGAUGUGGACGACGACGAAGACGAAGAAGACGAAGACGAAGCCCCACAGCAGACACAAGGAAACGGGCGCCGUCGCACGACGCGCACUCGCUGA